AUGUUCGUCUACAGGAUCCUCGCCCUGCUCUGCCUGCUCCUGAUGAUCGCUUUCCCCAACGCCGUUGAGGCAAAAAAACACAGAAGCGACUUUAUUGUCGACCGUUUGAGCAUAAUCGGCCGAGAGACGCUGCGUCUCAACAAGACGCUUUACAAGUGGGAUGGGUCUCCAUUCGGUGCGCUGGCGAUCCAGAAACAGCACAACAGGCUGGUCGACACCAUCAAGCUCUCCACCAGCGAAAUCAUCCACAGCAGAGACUCGCGCUUACUGUACAUCUCGGGCGCUAUCAGAGUCAAGAGAGCGACCAAGGCCCUGAUUACGACAACAUCCGACACGCUUGAGACCCUGAUAGCUAUGGAUUACAGGUUCAAGGACAUCUUGAUGCUGAAGAAGGUCCGCGACAACCUGAACGAGAUUCGGGAGGUUUCAACACAGAUGAACAACGCCAUUCUACCAAAACUCCCGAUAAUCGCAAGGCCCAUCGCUCGUCAUGUCAUCUGGACUCUGGACCAGCUUUUCGUACAUGCCGUCCAGAUAUACGACUCCAGGCACGGAGACGGAGGCAAUGAUUAG